AUGAGCCGUCAUCCCGUCUCACCCGAGCUCACGAAGCACCUGCAGCUCCUCAGCCCAGCCGGGAGGCUCCUUGCGGCAGCCUCUCCUGGCGGGGCACGAGGGGGCUCCAAGCCCCCGUCUCCCCUCACUUUCCGUGUCCCCCUAGACGGCCUCUCCUCGCUGUCUUCUGGGUUGAUCAUAGAGUUUUCUGAUAACGGCACGGAUGAGAUUGGUUCUGGCGACUAUGGAGACUACGAAGAGCCAUGCUUCCAGCAUGAGAAUGCUGACUUCAACCGGAUCUUUUUGCCAACUAUCUACUCCAUCAUCUUCCUGACGGGAAUAAUCGGCAAUGGAUUGGUUAUUAUCGUUAUGGGCUACCAGAAGAAGCAGAGAAGCAUGACUGACAAAUACCGGCUGCACCUCUCCGUGGCUGACCUCCUGUUUGUCAUCACCUUGCCCUUCUGGUCCGUGGAUGCUGCCAUAAGCUGGUACUUUGGGAACGUGCUGUGUAAGGCAGUCCAUGUCAUUUACACAGUCAACCUCUAUAGCAGCGUCUUGAUUUUGGCCUUUAUAAGCCUAGAUCGCUACCUGGCAAUAGUCCAUGCUACCAACAGCCAGCGACCACGAAAGCUGCUAGCUGAAAAGGUGGUGUACGUAGGCGUGUGGCUCCCAGCUGUGCUUCUGACAGUGCCCGAUAUCAUUUUUGCCAGCACUAGUGAAGUGGAAGGGAAGUACCUAUGUGAUCGCAUAUACCCUCAUGGAAACUGGCUGAUUUCCUUCAGAUUUCAGCAUAUCUUGGUAGGACUUGUCUUGCCUGGUCUAAUAAUCCUGACUUGCUACUGCAUUAUAAUUUCCAAGCUGUCGCAUUCAAAAGGCCACCAGAAGCGCAAAGCCUUGAAGACUACAGUCAUUCUCAUCCUUGCCUUCUUUGCCUGCUGGCUACCGUAUUAUAUUGGCAUCAGCAUAGACACAUUCCUCUUGCUAGGAGUCAUCAAACAUCGCUGCAGCCUGGAGACCAUAGUGCACAAGUGGAUCUCCAUUACAGAAGCCCUAGCAUUCUUCCACUGCUGCCUCAAUCCAAUUCUUUAUGCUUUCCUGGGUGCCAAAUUCAAAACAUCGGCACAAAACGCCUUGACAUCAGUGAGCAGAGGAUCAAGCCUCAAGAUUCUCUCAAAAGGCAAGCGUGGGGGACACUCUUCUGUUUCUACAGAGUCAGAAUCUUCAAGCUUCCAUUCCAGCUAACACUGCCCUUUGCCGUCCUUUUAUAAAUAGACACUUUUUAAAAGUUGCGCAAAAUUUGAGAAAAACAAGACUGACCAUUAUGUACAGUUUUAUUUACAGUUGGAAUUUUAUAUUGUAUCUUUUAGUGUCUGUGAUGUUUAAUUGACUUAUUUAUAUAAAAAACUUUUGUAUUGAUGAUAAACUGUCUAGGCAGGACCUGUGGAC